CCAAAAUGAAAAAAAAGCCGAAUCGGAAAUCAUCAAAAGAUGUGCCACAAACGCGAGUUGUUUAUAAUAAAAAAUUUACUAAUUUCCGCCGUAAAUUAAAUUAUAAAAAUAUUGUCAAAUUAAAAUUCAUUUUAUUUAAUAUAUUUUCCGCUAAAAUUUUUAUCAAAAAUCUGCAGUUAAAUACAAUUUAUUGCAAUUGUAAACAAAAGAAAUUUCCGCAUCAUAAAAAAUAAUUAAAUUUUUUUUAGAAAUUUUUUGCAUCACACAAAAAUCUCUCCUGGGUUGAUAUUCACCACACAGCAAAUCUACGCAUUUUGUUGUGAACUGUCAAAAACCGGUGGUGGUGGUAGGGGAAAUAAAAACUCACCACACGCUCUUGACAGCUUCUAUUUUCCCCUCAAAAACUAGUCAAGCAACAUUUUGAGAGAAAUGUCAUCAAAUUUCUUCUAAUCACACACGAAUGCGAAACGGAGGGAAACAAAAAAUCUUUAUCUGUGUUUUUUGUUAUUUAUUUAUUAUUAUUUACGUCGAUUGAAAACGUUUAGAAGGAAUAUUUCUUGUUAGAAAAAAGAAGUCUUAAAUAGCCGUCGCUAUGAUGGACAGUAAAACAAAGUACAAUUUGGAUCAUGUGUACUGUCACACGAACGAAAGUAGCAAUUACAUUCGAGCUAAUCCCCAAGCUCAAUCGAACGAUGUCAUGUCACUCCUCAAGGAGAAUAAACAACUCAAAGCCAUGUUAAUUCUACACAUGGAUUUGAUUCAAGAACAAAGCGAUCAAUUGCUAGCCAAAGACAAGCUUUUGGUCGGAUUGAAAGAAGAGAAUCUCUCGCUAAAAGCAAAGAAUGAUAGUUUGGAGAAACAACUCCAAAAUAGAUCAUUCGUAGAAACUAUUAAAACUGAAAUUAAAGAAGAAGUCUUACCAGAAAAGAGUAAAUACAAAAUUCAGUCGAAUGUAACUGUCGAUGGGCAGGAUGAGGAAGACGAAGAGAGUGGCAAUAUUAUUGGCGAAUGCAAUGGCAAAUUGAUUAGUAAAAUCAUUUUGCAUAGAAUUAGUCUCCCGGGGAAGAGUCCAUCAAAUGGAUCUGGGGAAGUGUCGGAGGGGGAAGAUGCUGCGACGAUUGCAGCUUCUGUGAUAGGAAUGGUCGAGGACAGUCAGCAUAGUGUCGAUGAGGAGAUUCGAAAGAUUCAAAGUCCUACGGAACUUAUGUCGACUGGGGCGAAGGUGCGGCCGAUUGACAUGUCCUCACCGUUGUCGGUGAUGUCGGCGCCAAGUUUGAAGAUACCCGAGAUUAAGAUUGACUCGGAUGAGAGUGUUAGCUGUGAUUCAACAAUGGAACGUGAUCAGGAAUCUUCUCGAGGUGCAAAACACCCACGCAGAUCCAGACGCUGUGGUCAAUUAACCACAACCCAGUUAUACUCCACCCGUGAGUGGGAAGAUGAGGAUUUCUGUGACGAAUUCAUCAAAGAGGAAGCCAAUGCCCUUAAAUCCGAGGCACCAAUGCUAGAGAUUCCCAAAUGGACAGUGCACGAAGUGCAUCCGCUCUACAGCAUUGAAGGAACAGAAGAUUUAUCCGAUGAAACCUUCCUUAAGCGCCAUGCAAAACUCGAAUACGAUGAAAAACGAAGAAAGAAAUGGGAUGUCCAGCAGAUUCGGGAACAGAGGAGAAUCGAACGACUCAAACGUCGCCAUUGCAAGGACGAGUUGCGUGAAGAAGAUUCAGCUACAACAAGUUUCUUCCCUGCACCCGAUUCAAUUCAAACAAUUUGCUUUACAACUGAGUUACCUGUGAUGGCAUUUGGAGAGGGUAUUCCGCGGCUAUCGGCCGCUGAAUUCGCCCUCCCCUGGUAUCCACUGUACGGACAUGCUUCCGUAUCGCAUCGGGAUCAUCCGUACCAGCAGCAAUCACAGAACAGCUCGUUUGUUUUUCUUAAAAAACGUCGACGUCCGCAGAGUUCUUCGGUAAUGCAGAGUCAUCGUGGAACUAUUGUUAGCGGUGGGGUGCAUCAUCAUCGGCAAACUACAACUCAACCCGCUUUGCCGCCAACUAGUUCUGAUGGUGGAAGAAAUUAAACAAAAGAAACUUUUAGUUUUUUUAGAAAAAAAUUUAUAAACUACAAAAAAUUCUUUUUAAAGAUCUCAGAGGUCUGUCGUGUCUGAACUUGAAGUAUAAAAAAAAAUUUUUCUUUUUGUUCAUACACACUAUCAAAAUAUAGUCAUAAAAACAUUAAAACAAUUAUUCUCUGGUGACACACCCUAAAUAAGUUACAGAUUGUAUGCUUUUCUAAUUUAAAAU